UAUAUGCUAAAGUCGAGCUUGCCUAAUUAGGUUGCGCCUCUGGCAUGAAAUGGCAUAAGGCUAAAAAUAUGUAUUGACGUUGACGACAUAUAGGCACUGGCGCCACUGAAAUCCUCCUACAUGAAACAAGAAAUGGCGAAUGACUCAAGUUCUCCAGGCGAUAGCAACAGUUUUAUAUUAGUUUCCAACUCUAAUCAAAGUUAUUCCAAUCCAGCAGACCUAGAAUGGAGAGGGAAACUUGGUAUUGACAUAACCAUCUUUGUCGUUGCUGUUAUUGGUAACCUUGCUGUCCUUGUGGUUAUUUACACUACCAGAGAACGACGAAAGACACCAUUCGAGAUCCUAAUUGCUAACCUCAGUGUAGCUGACAUCCUAUCCGUUUUACUAUACUCUACAAUACAGUACUUCAACAUACCACUUUCAAAAUGGUAUUGCAAACUUGUAGCGCCAUUUUUCUCCAGUACCCAAAUGGUGAGCGUGCUUACAAUGACGACUAUUGCAAUAUUUCGAUGUCGAUCCAUUGUUUAUCCUUUCAAAACCAAGCCCUCCAUGAAGUUAACGUAUUGCACUGUGGCAGGACUGUGGCUUGUGGCAAAUAUUUGUCUCCUUCCAGUUUAUAUAGUAAGGGAACAAAAUCAAGGAAGGUGUGAAGAAAUCUGGCCAUCGGAGCUAUUAAACAAGGUCUACACAGUCUCUUUAUUCGUUGUGCAGUACAUGAUACCUUUGACUAUUAUCGCCAUCUCUUACACCAAGAUUAUCUUGUAUUUAAAACGACACAAAGUUUCCCGGUGUGGUUUAAACAGUGACAGAAUAAAGCAGCUCAAAAUGACGCGAAAGAGAGACCUGGAAGUCAUCAAAAUCUCCUUUAUCAUCGUACUUUUGUACAAUAUUUCUACCUUACCAGGCCAAAUAGCUUGGAUAGUCUGGAUUGUUUUCGAACGCUACGAGAUGGCACUAGUAAUUUUCAAAUUCUCUUAUCAAUUGUUGUUGUUUCAUUCAUGUUGUAAUCCCUUCGUUUAUGGCACAAUAUCUCGAGAAUUUCGCUCUCGAUUCGUUCAGGUGUUUUGGAGUAUUUUCUGUUGCAUCUGCAAAAUGAGGAAGACUAAAACUGUCGUGUUACAAACAGAACAAGGGCAUAGGAACAACGCAUGUGUAGACUUGGAAAUCAUUGAUAAAAAAGAGUAACGGUAUAACCUGUCAAAUGGACUGUUCAUUGACAGUGGAAUGCUCUUUUACCUUCAUCACUUCUGUGUCAGGUUUCUUUUGUAAACAUAAGCAAUGACAAUCACGUUUUAUAUAUUCAAAGCUAUAUUUGUUAAAACUAAAAGCAUUUACACUCAAUGACAGAGGAACUGUCGGCAAAUAGGCCAUUUACUAAUAUUACCCUUGAAAACUCUGUUUUUUUCCAGUUUCAAUUGUCUUAUACUAUAUUCUCUUGACGAAGUCAGUACCACAAAUAGCCCAAACUGUGUCGGCUUAAAACAGUUGUUGUGUGAAGCUGUGUGACGUUCAAGAGAGCAUAACUGAAUAUGCUCUCUUGGAAGUAGUGCCAGACGUCAAGCAUACCAGUUUCACCUUUGUUAUUAAUUCUUCUUUUCCUUAUUAUGUUCUUAAUUCAUACAUAUUAACAACACUCUACAGUAUAUAUUCAAUCACUCUGGAGGUGACAGUUGUUACUGCCAAAACAUGUCAUUAAAAAACUUCAAAAGUGUCGUUAUUUCUCUUAAAUGCAUGUCUCUUGGUAGCCUGCGUCACAUCCGGAAUUUACGAAGAAAAUUCCGGAUGUGACGCAGCUAGUCUCUUGGAAGUACAUAUAUAUUUUUUACUACGAAUGAAUUAAUUAAAGUGUUAAUUAAAUUACAUUCAAACACCAUC